AUAAAUAGGGCCAUAGAGAAAGUAGUUGUGGCAGACACACUGAACUCUUCAACGCCUCGACUUUUCAACUCUUCUCUUCAGCUGCAGUAUCUUCUCUGCUGGACUUUGACAACCCAAACAUGGCCAACAACUUAGGAUCUAGCAGAACAAAUGAUGAGGAGCUGAGGAUUGUGAUGGUGGGGAAGACAGGGAACGGGAAGAGUGCCACCGGAAACACCAUUCUGGGACGAGAGUGCUUCGAAUCAAAGUGCAGUGCUAAAUCUAUGACCAUAGACUGCUCUAAGGGCACAGCUACGGUAGAUAGACAAAAGGUUGCUGUCAUCGACACCCCAGGCCUGUUUGACACCAGGUUUGACCAGAUGCAAACAGCCAGACAAAUAGGUAAAUGCAUCUCCUUCGCUGCUCCUGGACCCCAUGUCUUCCUGGUGGUCAUCAAGGUGGGCAGAUUUACAUCAGAGGAAAAGGAGUCAGUGCAGAACAUUCAGAAAAUGUUUGGCAAGGAUGCAGACCGAUACAGCAUGGUUCUCUUUACUUGUGGUGACUCUCUGGACAACGGUAUUGAGGAGUUCUUGGAUGAAUGCGAAGACCUUAAGGAGCUUGUGGCCAAAUGUAAUGGCCAGUACCAUGUCUUCAAGAAUAAGCUUAAGGAUCGCUCUCAGGUCAGUGAGCUAUUCCAGAAGAUCAGAAAUAUUGCCCAGAAGAAUGGGGGAAGCCACUACACCAACGACAUGUUCCAAGAGGCAGAGAGGGUAAUCGAAGAGGAGAAAAAACGCAUCCUGAAAGAGAAAGAAGAGCAAAUGCGCAAAGAACAAGAGGCAAUCGAGAGGAAAAUGAAAGAAAAAUAUGAGGAGGCGAUGAAGAAAAUUAACAAACAACUCCAGGCUGAGAGAGAGAUAGAGAGGAGAGAGAGAGAGGAGGAGAGGAAGAGGGAGAAGCAGGAGAUGAAUGAGGAGAGAAGAAAGGAGAGGGAGGAGAGAGAAGCAGAGAGAGAGAGAGAGAGAGAGGCGAAAGAACAGGAAUUUGAAAUAAUGAAGAAUGAUUUAAAAGCAAAACAUGACAACGAACUUCAAGUGGAAAAAGGGAGAUUAAAGGAUAGUUAUAUAAGGGGGGCCAGGGUUCAAGCUGAAGAACUCAAUCCAUUUAAACUGCUUAAUCCCUGUACAAUCUUGUAAUCAAUUCAGCAAGAUCAACUUCCAUUUGCUGAUACCCUCAGUGCAGUUCCAUAAAUUGGCCUGUUAUAGUCAAAUAAGAAAUUAUACUAGACAAUUUUAAACUUCUAAAUUUAACUCUUGCAAAAAUGACGCUGUACUAUAUUAUAUUUUGGAUAAUAUCCUUUAGAAACCGUUUGUUCCUAAAUGUGUGUAUCUCUGAUUAGUUACACUAUUUCUUUGUUGUUGUUUUUUCAGAAUAAAAAUUUUAAUGUAGAAUUUACAUUCAUCAGGGAACCAGACACCUGACUCCAAAUGAAUACCAAUGCGACUGGAUAUGUGGACAUGUAUUUGUGAAGUUUACUGCUGCUGUAACUAAAAAUGAAAUAAUUGGGCAAAAAAAUCAACUGGUGUCUACAAGAUUCAGCUGAUUGAACUUAAAAUCUGAUAAUCAAAGUGAAUCAACUAUUCUGCUCGGCUCUAAUAAACCUACUGCCAGUGCUUUGCCAGA